AUGGAGAGACCAGCCAGCAGGCGGCGACACGACUCGCAGCGGCGGCUUCAACGGCCAGACGACGAUGCUGCCACCCCUACCCAGCACGAGGAUGGGGAAGACUCCAGCCCUUCAACUGGCCAGCCAAGGAGGCGAGAAGAGCGGACGAAGAAGAAAAGGCCCCAGAUCGACAGUCGAUUACUACCGGCAGGCGUAUGGCCUUUCUUUGGCUUGAUCUGCUGCGUCUCGACUGUGCUCGCAUUCCUGAAGCUCGUCGAGCAGUGGCAGCAAGGAGUCGUUCCAAGCAUCGUGGGCGUCGGCAGCAUCCAGUUCAGCCCUUCGUCCCCCUCGACCUUGACUCCAUGGAGCUCUCUUCUGCAUCCAGAGGACCAUGUGUUUCGUCCCCCGGCUACCGUCAAGCUUGAGUGGACUGUUACGACUGGCCACCGCCGCCUGGACGGGGUCAGGAAGCGCGUCUAUCUCAUCAAUGACAUGUUUCCGGGGCCGACUAUCGAAGUGCGGUCAGGAGACAGGUUGAACAUCCAGGUCACCAACAGCCUCGCAGACGAGGGCGUCGUCCUUCACUGGCAUGGCUUGCAUAUGAGAGGCCUGCAGCGAGCCGAGGGCCUGUAUGGAGGACUCGUCGUGCAUAGACCAUCGGCGCCCAGCAUUCGAGCCGCGAGGAACCAAGCAUCACAGACUGAUGCCGUGAGAUAUCGGUACCAGAAGGAACACCUUCUCUUGAUCGGAGAUUGGUAUCAUCGCCCAGCAGAAGAGGUGUUGGCUUGGUUUCAUUCCCUGGAGUCAAACGGAGCAGAGCCCGUUCCGGAUUCCUUGUUGGUCAACGGGGCUGGAAGAUUUAACUGCUCGAUGGCGCUACCUACGCGGCCACUUGACUGUGCCGACAGCGGGUAUCCUACUCCAGAGCUUCUCCUCGAUGCUGGCCUAUCUCACCGAAUCAGGGUUGUAAACGUCGGGUCACUUGCUGGGGUAAGUCUCGGGUUUGAGCACGGCGUAGUGAAUCCCAUACAGGUUGACGGGGGAACAGAGGUCAGGCAGCCAUUUCAGACGCCAAAUUCCCGCUCUAUAGGCGUCGUAUAUCCCGGACAGAGAAUGGACUUUGUCCUGAGUAAUCCCGUCGGACAGGGCAAACAGUCUUCCAUGACGGUUGAACUUGACCCCGAAUGCUUCAGUCUCCCAAAUCCAGCUCUCACUAAUAUACAGACCUUCCCCAUCAUGGACGCCUCGAAGAAAUCCUGGUCCGAUCCACCUGCUAAACUGCUAGCUGACAAUCCAGUCAGAGAGCCUGGAAAGCAUGUUGACCUUGCAGGCCUAGCGUCCACGCCAUCCGCAGUAUCUCGUAUACCCGCACAUGCAGAUCAAACGUUCGUCGUCUACACACUCUUGUCCAAAUUGUCAGCGAAUAACUACGCCCCUUUUGGAUUCUUCAACCACACUUCCUGGCGCCCGCAGGCGGAUCCACCACUACCUCUGGUUGCCCUGGAGCCCGGGGACUGGGAUAAGAACCACACGGCCACGACUUUUACGUUUUGUCUGUAUAUGAAGCAGAGACAGGCUUUGGCUCAUAUAAUCCGUGGGAUCCAGAAAACAAGGCACCGCGAUAUGACCACUCGAAAGCCAUUCUUCGAGACACAGUGCAUAUCCCUGCACGAGGACAUGCAGUGCUAA